AAAGGGCUUCGGCUGGCACUGUUCUGCACCCCACCUUUGGCAGGUCUUGGUUGAAUAAAAAGUACAUAGCUUGAAGUAUUUGCUACAAAAAAAACAGUACUAAGAACUACAAAUGGCCAGAGUACAUGCAGUGGGGAUGCUACAAAAGUUUAUGAGGUUCUUGAUAAAGUUACUGGGAUGGGAAAGCGCCUAUUGAAAGUCCAACUAUGCACCGACAUGUAUGCCCUAUCAUAUGAAUGGGUGGAAACGUGCCAGCAUAACUGUAAAAAUGCAGACCUGUUGAAGUGAUGCCUCUCGCUCAACGGCGUGGGGGCUGUGGGCUUAGCUGCUCUACACUUUAGCGACAUCUAGUGUCCACUCGCCAUUAUAAGUUAAGUUGGCCGAUCACAAGAGGGCGGUUUAAAGAAGCACAUCCCGGUGCGAAGGGUCACUGUCGUGCGGAGGAAAGUCGAAACAUCCGUUGGAAAGAAAUGCUUCCCUUUUGUUUUUAAGUAAGGCUAUGCAGUCCUUGCAUUUUCGAUACUUUCCGUAAAGAGUUAGCUCGAGCUUCUUUUCUGUUGUUUUUUUUUUUUUAUCCUCCGAUUUCAACUUUAAAAACGGCGGCCACGUCGCGAACGUUUCUUGUGUUGGGACAGGACGGAGUCGACCUGACAAAUCUUCGUCAAACUACAGCCGGACCAUCGCGAAACGCGACACGGCGCUUUCUGACCACUUACUGCACUUUAAAGUGGAUUUAAAAAGUACCUGCCGUAUGGGCCGGCCCUGCAUUCCUGUUGGAGACUCCUUCGUCCCUGUCAUAUGGACGUUGUUACCUGAUUGGCUGUGAGCCUGCGCACGCCGUACGGGAAACCGCCAAAUCACAACACGGAAGUAGACUUCCAAAGCCACCCCGCUGGCGACAUGGUGCCCCUACAGGACGUGUGGCCCUCGGCGUGGCUGCUGGCACCUCUUCUGCUGCUCCUGCUGACUGUCUCUGCACUGCUAUGGAGGGGUCAGAAGCGGCCAGUGGCCGCCCUGCUUGGUCACUACCUGGCCAUGAAGAUGGUAGCCUGGCUGGGCCAUCGCCAGAGGCGUCUAUUGGAAGCGAGCACGCUGGACGUGCGGAGGGUCCAGGAGGGGGGCUUGUUGUGUCACCUGCGGCUGAACCAGCACACGGAAUGGGGGCAGCGGCACAGGUUCAAGGAGGUGACAGACGCUGACUCCUUUCGCCAGCUUCACCCCCUCACUCAGUAUGGCGACUACGCUGAGCUCAUCCACAGAGUCAUCCAGGGGGUCCCGGAGGUGCUCACUGCGGAGAGGCCCUGCACGCUGACCCUCAGACCGCCGUCCUCUGAGUGGGACCACGUGUACCUCUGCACCCCUGCAGCCAACGUGCACUUUUUCUUACAGGGCUCUACUGUGUGGAUGGACGCCACCUUCCAUGCCUUCCCCAGCACGUGGCUUCUGCAGAGAAGUGCCAGCUUUGGCAGGCUAUCAGCCUGGAGGCGGGCAGAGUCCUGGAUGCCCGCCGGAGUCUCGGUGGGCUCCUGGCUCUUCCGCCGCUUGCAUGCUGCCCCUUUCCAGAUGGCAGAUGAGCGAGAUGCCCUCUAUGUGGAGCUGCUGUUGGCACUGAAGGACCCCACGCUGGAAGUACUAGAGGCUGCCAGCGCUCGAGAGCUGUGUGCUGCGUUUGCCACCCUGCAGGAACGCUGGCAGGAGCUGAUUGAAGACAUUCGAGUGGGCACCCUCAGCCAACGGCUGGAACUGGAGCAGGACCUGCGGCAGCAGGUUAAUGGUUUACUCUACGGUGAUGCCCACCGAGCCGACGAUCUGUGCCUGGAGUUUGAGAAGGGCUUUCGUGGGAUCGCUCGCCGGCUCUGGCCCAACCUGAAGCUAGUGGCGGCAACGCUGAUUGGUCCAAAUCAGCUGUAUGGUGCCAUCUUGCAGAAUUACUGCUGCCAAGACGUGCCCAUCUACUCACCAGUCUACACUGUGGCAGAAGGGCUGGUCGGGGUGAACAUCUGGCCUGAGAAGCCUGUCCCCACAUACCUGUUGUGCCCAGGCUCCAUAUUCUGUGAGUUCAUUCCAGAUAAUUCAUGGAAAGAGAAGCAGCCUAAAACAUUACUCAUGGAUGAGGUGGAGGUGGACAGCGUCUACGAGUUGGUGGUCAGCGGUGUCGCUGGCCUGUGCAGGUUCCGCACUGGCGAUGUUGUGAAGGUGACAGGCUUCCAUAACCAGUGUCCCAUAGUGGAGUUCAAGUACAGACGUGGGCAGACUCUGAACUUGCGCGGUGAGCAGACCACCGAGGAGAUGUUCGUGCAGGCCCUGCAGAGUGCGGUGAGACAGUGGGCUGGCGCCGAGCUUGUGGACUACGGCUGUGCUGAGAGCAGCCUGGCAGGGUCUUUCUCUGUGGGGUCCGAUCACCAUUAUGAAGUCUUUGUUGAACUGGUGGGCAUCAGGAAUCUGUCAGAGGACCAGAGGCUAAAGCUCGACCACAGCCUCCAGGAGACGUCGGCCACAUACAAGUCGCUACGCUUCAGGGGCAGCGUUGGACCCGCUCAGGUGCAGCUGGUCCGAGGUGGAUCAUUCCGGGAGCUUCACCGUCAUCUUCUGAACGAGUGCCCGGGGACCCCUGCCAGCCUGGAAGUCCCCCGUGUCCUGCGUCGAAGGGAGCAUGUCUCUUUCCUUCAAAGCAGAAUCAUCUCGUAGUCUUGCGUGGAGGAAGAGGAGGGUGAAGAGUCAGGGCCACCAUAGACCAUUAAACAAAUUGCCAGGUGUCCAAAACAUCUGUACGAGUGACAAGACCACCACCUGCUCCCACCAGUGGGUUUACUGGAAUUGAACAUAUCAGGGGGCAAAAUGUCCAGCAGGGUAGGGGGUGGCAGGGGUGAGGUGGGUCAAGGCAUGCUGGGCACAGAUGGCUGAGUUGCGUGGGGGCUCCUUACUACUGUUUGGGUCACACCAGUCAGUAUCCAGUAGCAGGAAGCACAGCGGAGACCACCCAUCCCUUUCCCACCCUGAAACUUCUACCUGUCAACCUGGGGUUCUUGUAGGUGAG